GCGAUAAUGUCGUUGACAACUGGAUUUUGGCGGGAGAUUUUUCUUUUUUUCUUUUCACACUCCGUUUCUCUCUCGGCGAACUUCUAGGGCAAAUGUUCCAUUUGCAGAAACAGUAGAGUAGGCUCUCUCCCUCUCUCUCGAUUUUCAGGGCAAGCAUUCUGCUGGCAGAGUCGUUGGGUGAUGGAGGGUGUAGCUGUAGCUUCCGAAGCAUCUGCUCGCCGCCCAAAGAGGAGUAGGGUUUAUGACAGAGCCAGCGAUCCAAGUGAUCAGACCGCUGGACCGAUGGAGCGAGAGGAAUCAUUUGAUGAUCUCGAAGAAGUUCAUCCCAUAGCUAAAAGAAAUCGAACUAUAGAAGGGACUUCACGCCCAGGUCCAGGUCCAGGAGACACGAGCUUGAUUGAGGUUAUCAAAGGUGAUGGGAAAUUCAUUCCUCAAGUGGUCAAGCUUUGGGUUGAGCAAUAUGAAACGAAUCCAAAACCUGCAAUGGUUGAACUCUUAAUGAUGCUGUUUGAGGCAUGUGGAGCAAAGUAUCAUAUUGAAGGAAACUUCCUGGACGAGACUGAUGUUGACGAUGUAGUGGUUGCUCUUGUCAAUCUUGCUAGGAAAGGAGAAAUUGAAGAUUAUCAAAGUUCAAAAAAGAAGGAAUUCAAGCACUUCAAGGAUAACCUUCUUUCAUUCUGGGACAACUUAGUCAUUGAGUGUCAAAAUGGGCCAUUGUUUGAUCAGGCUUUGUUCGAAAAGUGUAUGGACUAUAUAAUUGCAUUGUCAUGCACUCCUCCACGAGUUUAUCGUCAGGUUGCUUCUUUGAUGGGUCUCCAACUUGUCACAUCUUUCAUUACUGUUGCUAAAAUGCUUGGAGCCCAGCGAGAAACUACUCAGAGACAGUUAAAUGCCGAAAAGAAAAAAAAAACCGAGGGGCCUCGUGUGGAGUCACUGAAUAAAAGGCUAUCAGUUACUCAUGAAAAAAUAACUUUUAUAGAGAAUAUGAUGCGCAAAAUAUUUACUGGGUUAUUUGUGCAUCGGUACAGAGAUAUUGACCCCAAUAUCCGAAUAUCAUGCAUACAGUCCCUCGGUGUCUGGGUUCUGUCAUACCCAUCAUUGUUCUUGCAGGAUUUAUAUUUGAAGUAUCUUGGGUGGACACUAAAUGAUAAAAGUGCUGGUGUCAGAAAAGCUUCUAUCCUUGCACUGCAGAAUCUUUAUGAAGUAAACGAUAAUGUGCCUUCCCUUGGUCUCUUUACUGAAAGGUUUUCUAACCGGAUGAUUGAGCUUGCAGAUGACAUUGAUGUUUCUGUGGCUGUAUGUGCCAUAGGACUUGUUAAACAACUACUAAGACAUCAACUUCUAAUUGACGAUGACUUAGGUCCGCUAUAUGAUUUACUCAUUGAUGAUCCACCAGAAGUUAGGCGUGCUAUAGGAGCUCUUGUAUAUGAUCACUUGAUUGCUCAAAAGUUUAAUAGCUCCCAAUCUCACUCAAAAGGUGAUGAUAGUGAUUCUUCUGAGGUCCAUCUAGGUAGAAUGUUGCAAAUACUAAGGGAGUUCUCAACAGAUCCAAUUUUGAGUACUUACGUCAUUGAUGAUGUUUGGGAGUACAUGAAUGCUAUGAAAGAUUGGAAGUGUAUAAUAUCCAUGCUUCUGGAUGAGAAUCCAAAGAUUGAGCUUACUGAUGUGGAUGCUACAAACUUGAUUCGACUUCUCAGUGCAUCUGUCAAGAAGGCUGUUGGAGAGAGGAUUGUUCCUGCCACCGACAAUCGGAAGCAAUAUUACAAUAAAGCUCAGAAGGAAAUAUUUGAAAACAACAAACAGGACAUAACUGUUGUCAUGAUGAAGAAUUGCCCACAUCUUCUACGCAAAUUCAUGGCUGACAAAGCAAAAAUCCCAUCAUUAGUUGAUAUUAUCGUGCAUAUGAACCUUGAGCUAUAUUCCCUGAAGAGGCAGGAGCAGAAUUUUAGAACCACUGUUGAGCUCAUUAAAGAGGCCUUUUUCAAGCAUGGUGAGAAGGAUGCACUCAGAUCCUGUGUGAAGGCUAUAAACUUCUGUUGCACUGAAAGCCAGGGUGAGCUGCAAGAUUUUGCUGAAAGUAAAUUGAAGGAACUGGAGGAUGAGCUAAUUGCUAAGCUUAAGUCUGCAAUAAAAGAUGUAAUGGAUGGUGAUGAUGAAUAUUCCCUUAUUGUAAAUUUGAAAAGGUUGUAUGAGCUUCAGUUGUCAAGGUCUGUGCCCAUUGAUAGCUUAUAUGAAGAUAUUGUUACGAUUCUUCGAGGUUUCAGAAACAUGCAAGAUGAGGCUGUCAGUUUUCUGCUUCUCAACAUGUAUUUGCAUGUAGCAUGGUGCUUGCAUUCCAUUAUAACUAGCGAUAAUGUCUUUGAAGCAUCAUUAUCUUCUUUGCUAUCCAAGCGUAAUGCCUUGUUUGAGCAACUUGAGUACUUCCUUCGCACUCCUGCUGAGGUCCAGGAGGUUAAUUAUGGCAACUGGGUAGCUUGCAGGGUUUGCACUAUACUCGCAGAAAUGUGGUGCUUGUUCAGAAAAGGGAAUUUUUCUUCAACAAAGCUGGAAUCAUUAGGAUUUUGUCCAGAUGCAUCAAGUCUUCAGAAGUUUUGGAAAUUGUGUGAACAGCAGCUUAAUAUUUCAGAUGAGACAGAAGAUGCAGAUGCAAACAAAGAGUAUGUGGAGGAGACAAAUCGAGAUGCAGUCAUGAUUGCUGCUGCAAAAUUGGUUGCUAGUGAUACAGUUCCUAAGGACUAUCUAGGUCCAGAGAUCAUUUCUCAUUUUGUGAUGCAUGGAGCAAGUGUGGCAGAGAUUGUUAAGCAUCUGAUCGCUGUUCUAAAGGAAAAAGAUGAUGAUGUCCACAGUAUCUUUCUAGAAGCAUUGAGAAGGGCCUAUCAUCGGCAUGCAAUGGAACUUUCCAAGAGUCAUGAUGAGGGCAUGAAAUCUUUUCUAGAAUGCAAGAAUCUGGCUGCUCGACUUUCUGGGAUAUUUGUUGGUGCUGCUCGAAACAAGCAUAGAACAGACAUUUUACAAAUUAUCAAGAAUGGUAUUGAGUAUGCUUUCCUGGAUGCUCCAAAGCAGCUGUCAUUCUUGGAGAGUGCCGUGCUCCCAUUCAUAUCCAAACUUCCUACUGCUGAUGUCCUGAACAUUCUCAAGCAUGUUCAAAAACGAACGGAGAAUGUAAACACGGAUCAAGAUCCCAGCGGGUGGCAACCUUAUUACAUAUUUAUUGACAGCUUACGUGAAAAGUAUGCAAAGAAUGAAGUUCUCCAAGAUGAGAGAGAGGGGACUACUGUAAGACGCCGAGGACGUCCACGUAAGCAGCCUAAUAUCCAGGGAAAGAAACUAUUUGAUGAACAGAAUGCAGGUGAAGAAGAUUCAAUUAGCAUGUAUGACCAUGACGCUCAUGGUGAAGAAGAGAAACAAGGAGAGGAAGAAGAGGAUGCUCCUUUGAUACAUUCAUUUCCGUCAUCAUCCAAGUUGAGGUCAUUGAAAGUUACGAGAGAUGAAAACGGAGGCCAGACAGGGCCCAGAGAAUCUGGAUGAACUCUGCUCUGCAGAUUUAAUAGGUAGUAUGAAAUGUCUUUGCCAACUAUGCAUUAUUGAAAAUGCAUUACUUUUUUCCAUCAAAGCAGAUUAACGAUUAUCUGUCUGACAUUUGUGUGCAGUUCUUAAUAUGUGUUUAUUAGCAUUUUUUUAGUUCACUGUUUUAUGAUUUGUUCAGUUCACAUUCAAAGUGCUUCAUCAAUAAACAAAAAAUAAACUAAAUUAUAUAUACAUGCUGGGUAUAAUAUCCUGUAAAUGAAGGUGAGCAAUUUUAUAAUCAGCUCCAAACAUAAAUAUAGCCUUGGAAGGUGUGCCUGCUGUGUCCUAUAAUAUUACUAGGUUUUCUGUUCAUUGGAAUAGUAACUUGACUGGCCGACUGAAAUAUCUGAAAAGGGAUGUUUCAGACUUGUUGCUGUUUGUUGAAUUGCUUCUUUGACCAUUCACAAAAAUCCACUGUGCAUUACAGCUUAUUAAUGUAACCAAUCUCGAUUUACACGAUUAAUUUCCCUUCCAUUGCAUGUGCUGGUGUACACCUGAUACUGGACUUUUAGCAACUAGUUGUUUUGUCAACUUUGCCCUAUUGAUAAUUUUAUACUCGGUUUUUUCCCCCAUUUGAUUUGGUUUUCUUGCUUGCAUUCAUAAUUUGUUAGUUAUGACUAAUUCAGUGAAUUGCAAUUGCUUUCUUUCACAGUUUCCACAACUUUUUAUUGAUUGUGCAGUGUAGUACAUUUUUAGGAGGCAUCUAUCUAUCGUGACAUAGUCAGCUUCACAUCAAUAUGCCCCCAGAUAGACCCAUUUGUUUGCUGUAGUCAUAUUUGAAUGUUGUAAGCACGGAUAUUAAUUAUUUCUUAAAACACCUUUAUUAUGGCUAGGUCUCGCAUUUGGUCUCUACCAGUUAUUGGUUGUCCAGAUCAAUACUGCUGCUGAUUUUACUGAUCUAAUCACUUGAUUUUGCAUUGUGCAGGGCUGGGGCCUCUCGACUGCUAUCUACUCUAAAUUACACAUUGUAUGUGUUUAAAACGGAUCGUGUAUAUAAAAAUA